AUGGCACCUUCUAUCGCCAAUCUCUCGACAUUCUACAAGCCCGGAAAAGUCGCUGUCGUCCUCUCAGGUCGACAAGCCGGUAAAAAGGUUGUUGUCAUCAAACAACAAGAUGACGGAACCAAGGAGAGACCUUACCCCCACGCCGUUGUUGCCGGUAUCGAGCGAUACCCUCUCAAAGUAACCAAGAACAUGGGUAAAAAGAGAAUCGCUAGACGAUCAAAGGUCAAGCCUUUCAUCAAAGUCAUCAACUACGCUCAUCUCCUCCCUACCCGAUACCAACUCGAACUCGAAUCAUUGAAAGGUUCAGUCUCCAACGAAACUUUCAAGGAACCCACCCAACGUGAAGAUGCCAAGAAGGCCAUCAAAAAGGCUUUCGAGGAGAGAUACGCCAAGGGUAACAACAGAUGGUUCUUCUCCAAACUCAGAUUCUAA